CGGUUGCUCAGACUUGCUCUGGCCUCCGCGCCCGCGCCCAGCGACGUGCGGGCUACUUGGCCCGCGCCCCGCCUGCGCCCCGAGUCCCUCGCCGCCGCCGCUGCAGCCGCCGCCCGCCGCGCGCCCCAGGCAGCGCCGGCCCCAUGCCCGCCGGCCGCCCGGGCCCCGCCGCCCAAUCCGCGCGGCGGCCGCCGCCCCUGCUGCCCCUACUGCUGCUCUGCGUCCUCGGGGCGCCGCAAGCGGGAUCAGGAGCCGACACGGCUGUGAUCAGUCCCCAGGACCCCACGCUCCUCAUCGGAUCCUCCCUGCAGGCCACGUGCUCAGUGCACGGGGACCCACCAGGGGCCACCGCCGAGGGCCUCUACUGGACCCUCAACGGGCACCGCCUGCCCCCUGAGCUGUCCCGAAUGCUCAACGCCUCCACUCUAGCCCUUGCCCUGGCCAACCUCAACGGAUCCAGGCAGCAGUCGGGGGACAACCUCGUGUGCCACGCCCGUGACGGCAGCAUCCUAGCCGGCUCCUGCCUCUAUGUUGGCCUGCCCCCAGAGAAACCCUUCAACAUCAGCUGCUGGUCCAAGAACAUGAAGGACCUGACAUGCCGCUGGACGCCGGGGGCCCACGGGGAAACCUUCCUCCACACCAACUACUCCCUCAAGUACAAGCUGAGGUGGUAUGGGCAGGACAACACAUGUGAGGAAUACCACACGGUGGGACCUCACUCUUGCCACAUCCCCAAGGACCUGGCUCUCUUCACACCCUAUGAGAUCUGGGUGGAGGCCACCAACCGGCUGGGCUCGGCCCGCUCUGAUGUGCUGACACUGGACAUCCUGGAUGUGGUGACCACCGACCCCCCGCCAGAAGUGCACGUGAGCCGCGUAGGGGGCCUGGAGGACCAGCUGAGCGUGCGCUGGGUUUCCCCGCCUGCCCUCAAGGACUUCCUCUUCCAAGCCAAGUACCAGAUCCGCUACCGAGUGGAGGACAGCGUGGAUUGGAAGGUGGUGGACGAUGUGAGCAACCAGACCUCCUGCCGCCUGGCGGGCCUUAAGCCAGGCACCGUCUACUUCGUGCAAGUGCGCUGCAACCCCUUUGGCAUCUAUGGCUCCAAGAAGGCAGGGAUCUGGAGCGAAUGGAGCCACCCCACGGCUGCCUCCACCCCCCGAAGUGAGCGCCCGGGCCCGGGCGGCGGGGCGUGCGAGCCGCGGGGCGGCGAGCCGAGCUCGGGGCCGGUGCGGCGCGAGCUCAAGCAGUUUCUGGGCUGGCUCAAGAAGCACGCCUACUGCUCGAACCUCAGCUUCCGCCUCUAUGACCAGUGGCGAGCCUGGAUGCAGAAGUCACAUAAGACCCGCAACCAGCACAGGACGAGGGGAUCCUGUCCUCGGGCAGACGGGGCGCGGCGAGAGGUCCUGCCAGAUAAGCUCUAGAGGCUGGAGCUGCCCUCCCUGCUGCAUGGAGACCCAGGGGCCACCCCCAGACUGGGGGCCACCUCUGUACCCUCACCUCAGGGUGCCCCAGCCCUCUCGGCAGCAGCUGGGGCGAGCACUCUGAGCUCCGAGGGCCACAACAGCUCUGGCCUCCACGUGAGGUGCACCCCAGUGGGAGGAGUGUGUGUGAAGGGGGCUGAGCUUCCCAAAACGCCUGCCAGGGCUGGGGGUGAAGAAGGGUCAUUACUCCCCCUACCCAGGACCACUCCAAAGAGUCUUUUUAAAUAAACAAACUACUUAGGUGCC